AUGGGGAGUCCUUUUCCCGCCCCCGUCGUCCCCUCCGCUUCUCUUUCCUUUUGGCUGCGACUGCGAACAGUGAGGGCGACCAUGGAUAGUGUUGACGUGGCUCUCAUGCAGAUAUCAAUUCGGGCGAAGAUGGUUGAUCUGGCAUCUGCUGUGGUGUUUCUCUGGGACUACCUCCUUACAAUUGGGAUGGAAGUCAUAUAUGUCUGGCCGAGCCCAUGGACGGGGAUGAAGGUCAUAUACUUCAUCCAACAAUACCUUCCUUUCAUUGACACCCUCUGGAUAGCGGUCCAAGGCAAUCAACUUCGCGCCAAAUACAAGCGCUCAUACUUGCCUCGUAUUGAACGCUGUUGGGAGGUUUCUCAUGUGUUUUGGAUUGGCUUCAUCGGAGCGACUUUGAUUGAAUCCUUCUCACUGUUCUCAGUAAUUUUGACAUUCCGAGCAUGGGCCGUCUGGGACCGGCAUCGGGUGCUUACCAUCCUUCUCCCGAUCCUCUUCUUGGGUUGCUGCAUUCCUCCUCCAAUAAUUCUUGGACUAUUCAUCCCCACAACGGAAUUCCAGCAACUGCCGCCGCCGUUGAGUGGUUGUGUACUAGUUAGAGGUUAUCCAAUUGUCGCCGUCGCUUGGAUCCUCUUGCUCGUAUGGGACGCUCUAAUAUUGACUCUCAUGGUCAUCUCGGCUAUAAAGGCCUAUCGCUACCGAGGAAAUUCGGCUCUUUACAGAGUCGUAUACGGCGAAGGGAUCAUCUACUACUUCUAUCUCUUUGGUUUCUCCGCGGUCAAUAUCGUCCUAUUGCAUCUAGGAGCAGUUGACACGUCGUAUAGGUUCAUGCUAACCUCGCGCGUCCUACUACACAUCCGCAAAGCCGGCCUCGACCGGGAUGCUGACGAGGUUGAACAUAUCACCCUGUCUAUCGCCCGCCGGCUCAAAUCGCUGUUACAACAACCACCAAGAGCAGGCAGCACUCUUUGA